AUGGAGUCCUUUGUGAUCAAGACGCCCUGCUCGAGCGCCAACAUCGGCCCCGGCUUCGACGUCAUCGGCCUCGCCCUAUCCAUCUACCUCGAACUUCACGUGACGAUUGACCGGACCGAGAAGGCGACGAGUUCCGGCGCUGGCGAGCCGCUCAACUGUCGUCUCACGUACGAGGGGCAGGGGGCCGACGAGAUCGACCUGGACCCGCGCAAGAACCUCAUCACCCGCGUGGCGCUGUACGUGCUGCGGUGCCACGACCAGCGCCAGUUCCCCGGCCGGACGCACGUGCACAUCAAGAACCCGAUCCCUCUGGGGAGGGGUCUCGGAAGCUCGGGCGCCGCCGUGGUGGCGGGCGUCGUGCUGGGGAAAGAGGUUGGCGGGCUGAGGCAUCUCACCGAUGCUAGGCUGUUCGACUACUGCCUCAUGAUUGGUAGGUUUGAAUUCCUGGCUCCUGUCUUGCCGGCACCUGUGCAGAUGGAUGGGUGGAUGGAUGGAUCGGACCAGAAGGAGGGAAAGAAGCAGGGCAACGGGAAGAGACAUCCCGAUAACGUCGGAGCUGCCCUGUUCGGUGGAUUCGUGGGGACGUACCUCAAGCCCCUCAAGCCGGAGGACGUGGCCCGUAUCGAGAUCCCGCUCAGCGAGGUGCUCCCGGCGCCGGCCGGCGGGGUCGACACGGGGGAGAAGCCCCCGUCCCCUCCGUACGGAAUAGGCCACCACAUCAAGUUCCCCUGGACCGACGAGAUCAAGGCCAUGGCCAUCAUCCCCGACUUCGUCGUCGCCACGCACAGGGCCAGAGAGGUGCUUCCCGAGAAGUACUCGAGACCCGACGUUGUCUUCAACCUACAGCGCAUAGCCCUCCUCCCCGUGGCUCUGGGCCAGAGCCCCCCCGAUCCCGACCUGAUCCACCUGGCGAUGCAGGACAGGGUCCACCAGCCCUACCGCCAGGUCCUCAUACCCGGACUCAACGAGAUUGUCGAGUCCAUGUCACCCAAGACGGACCCCGGAUUCCUGGGCGUCUGCCUGUCCGGUGCCGGCCCCACGAUUCUCGCCCUCGCCACGGAGAACUUUGAGACGAUUGCCGACAAGAUCAUCGGUAUCCUGAGGCAGUUCAACGAAAACAAGCAGCUCAAGUGCACCUGGCAGGUUCUGCAGCCGGCAGAGGGUACAAAGGUUAUAAGGUAG